CGGUUUUCUUACUCAUUCCUCCUUCCUUCAGCUAAGAUCCAGCAUUGGGUGGCCAAGCGGGUGCUCUGGGCCGCCAUACAGGUGUGUGCCCGGAAGAGAGAGGACAUCGCGGGGAAGGGGGUGUAACGCGGUGCCUCGGGAUUUCUAGAAAAUGGCCUGCACAAUAGAAAAGAUCUUGACAGAUGCAAAGACAUUGCUGGACAGACUGAAAGAUCAUGAUAAUGCUGCUGAGUCUCUCAUUGAUCAGUCCACUAUGUUGCAUAAGAAAGUAGUAGCCAUGAAAGAAGCUGGUUCAACUCUUUCACACAAGUAUCAAGAAGAUGCAGCUGAGCUAAAGGAUCUCUCUAAAUAUAAACCUCACAUUCUCUUAUCUCAGGAAAACACUCAGAUCAGAGAUCUGCAACAGGAAAAUAGAGAGCUAUGGAUCUCUUUGGAAGAACAUCAAGAUGCACUGGAACUUAUUAUGAGCAAAUACAGAAAACAUAUGCUGCAGCUCAUGAUGAAAAGAAAAGAUGUGGAUGCCCAAUCAGUUUUGCAAGUACACCAGACUCAGUCUGUGGAGAUUGAGAGUCAGAUUGACAUGAUCUGUGAAAUGGGAAAGGUUAUGAGAAAAGCAGUUAAUGUUGACAGUGACCAGUAUUAUAAAAUACAAGAAAAGCUAGCACAGUUAGAGCUUGAAAAUAAAGAAUUGCGAAAAUUAUUAUCAAUCAGUAUAGAGCCUGUUGAAGUGAGGCAAGAAUUACCUGAUGUUGCAUCUCAAGUUAUAAAACCUCAGUCCUGGAACAGUUGAUCCUGGAAAUCGGAAACUACUGCAGGAAUAACCACAUUAAGCCCCUGUGCAUGGAUGUCAAGAGGGAGAGAUGCGUGGAAACAAGUCUGUUAUAUCCUAUAAAGAUUACUCUGUGUGUAGGCAUUUGCACAAAUGUCAUACAUAUUAAUCCUGUAAAAGAUGAAUUUACUUUUUUGCAAGCACCUGCCAAUAUUUUAAAAAUUAUUUUUCUUGAAAGAUUGAUAAUUGAAGAUAAAUAUACCUAAUAUUUGUUUAUAUUGUUCUAAAGUGUACAAAUUAGAAAUGUCUCUUAAAAUUUCUUGGGCAUCUGUUCUCUGAUGGUAAAACAGAAUCUAUGGAAUUUAUACGUAUUGUGCAUAUUUAUUCUUGCUGUCCUUUAAGGUUUAACUAAGUUUUAGGAACAUAACUAAAUAGUCAAUUUAUGUCAUUUUGCCUGUUUCCUUAUUGCCCCAUACGUUUUGAGGAAAGGAGUAAUAGGCUAAUUGAUCAAAUUCAUUUGGGGUAUUUUCAGGUUCUCACAUUGAAAAUUUUACUUUUAAAGACUGAGCAGAUAAAAAAAAUCUGAAAAUGUGGGCCCUAUUUGCAUAAUGCAAUCAGCUGAACAAACUUAGCAUCUUUGCAGCGUUAUGCCUUAAAUAUACGCCUUCAGUGCCGUCUUCAGGAUCAAUAAGCUCUUGUAAUGAACUGCAAUUUGCCCAGUCUUUUUGUAUGUUUUGGAUUAUUUUGUAAAUAUCAUGUAGGAUGUAAAUGUAAUUACCUACAGAGGUGCUGCAUUAUCAGACUAUUCUAUUCAGUAAAUUAAAAAUAAUCUCUUUACCUCUCAUCUUAUUAAAUAUGUAUAUUGGCUCAUUAUUUUCUUGAAAUAAAUGUCCUGAAGCAGUA